UAGGCAGGGUCUAUUGGGGUAGGAAGCCUGCCUCACUCGCCCUGGAACAAUGGGAGACAUGGCAGCCUCUGCAGACAGCAGAGACACACAAUGCACAUGCCCAAGGACGAGCCUCUUCUAGCUGUAGCAUAGAGGAAACCGGCUUCCUCGCCACACUCCAAGGGUGACGGCACUUUUAAGGGAGGAAAAUAAUCUCCUCCUCAACCGGAAAACAGACAUGUAAGGUUGUGGUCUCUGUCGCUCUCUUUCUCUCUGUCUUUUCUUUUUCUUCCUCUGGUGCCUUAACAUUUCACUCUGCUGAGGAGGCUUUUGAUGCAGCGACUGGAUGACUGAAAAGUCAGCAGGAGGAAGCUCCUUGGUUUUGUUGUUGGUGGGAGACAGAGGAGCGUGACAGGAGACUGACUCCUCUUUAAAGAUCAUAAGGACAGUGGAAACCACAGAUGAGAACAAUGUCUGAUGAGACAGAACAGAGAAUGUGUGAUGAGGACUUUGGCACGGAUGAGGAGGGCGAGGAAGCAGACGUGGAGUCCUACCUGGAGGACAACAGCAGCGAGCUCAUGGAUCGGCUGAGAGAGCUCGAGGCUGAGAAUUCUGCUCUGAUUUUGGCAAAUGAGAGUCAGAGGGAGGCUUAUGAGCGAUGCCUGGAUGAGGUGGCCAACCACGUGGUCCAAGCUCUGCUUAAUCAAAAGGAUCUGAGAGAGGAGUGCAUCAAGCUGAAGAUGCUGGUGUUUGACCUGGAGAGACAGAACCGAGCACUUUGUGAGCUUUUCCAACAAAAACUGCCCAACCACCCUGCUGCUCACUAUCAGGUCCACGCAGGACCCCUCCCAGACUACAAUGCACAGCUGCACAAUGACUCUGCCAAGCAGGUGGAGCCUACACAGACUGAAGCACAAGCCAAGGGAAAUGGCUACCGCACACAACAUGCCUCCCCGGGCCCUCGUGGCCCCGCCGCUUCCAUGGAGGCGCUGUCCCCCUUCUUCAAGAAGAAAGCACACAUCCUGGAGGUCCUGCGCAAGAUGGAGGAGACGGACCCUCUUAAGUUCCACCCGUCCACCACAAGCCUGUCUUUCUGCGACUACAGCCAGGUGCUCAUGUCCACGGAGGCCGUUCUGGCCACUGCAGACCCUCUUCCAUUACAGUGCAAAUCCCACCACACACACUGCCGCUGCUCCUGCUCUGAUGCCGACACGCACCACCAUGUCAACGGCGACGGCGCGGUGAAGUGUGAGGGAGGGAGCACCUGCUGUUUGCACUGCAAGAAGAGUCUGGACAGUCCCCCAAAGCCAUGCAACCACGUCUGUAGCCCUUCAAAAGCCACCCAGAGCCAUGUGGUUCCUGCAGCUGCUAUGAGUGAAUGUCACAGUAAGUCUGUCCCCUUGUCUAAACAAUGCACCAAGAAUGAAGCCCACCAGCAACCAGCAGGCGCCACUGCCCACUCGUCAGUCACAGAAGCAGCUGAUCACAGUCUGGAGGUGAUGGGAGUGGAGCAGGAACAGGACAAUUCCACAGAGAGUUGUCUCAAGGCCACUUCCACUGAAGAGCUCACUGGUUUCUGUCCCAUGACCCACCUGCCCAGCUCUGUGAAAGAAAUCUCCCUCCUUGACAUGGAAACGAGUGAUAGCGUCCACAAUGCCUUGGUGCUCUCCGCUGUCAACGACGGUUCAAAUGACUCCUCAUCCAUCCCAGAGAAAGACAGCACAGAGCAGGAGGCCUCCUCUGUGAGAGCCGGUGCCUCUGUCAGCCCCAGCCCCUCCUGCCUCAGUGACGUCAAAGCCGCCGCCAUCAACUCCCCGUCCAAACUGCUCAAGUUUUUAAAGAUUCCCUCAAUUGGGGAGAAGUCUCAGCCUUCGACCUCUCCUGUGCGCCUGAGCCCCCAGCUCACCCGCAGCUCCAGGAUCCCAUGUCGCACCAACAACUAUGAGGUCUACCACUCUCCUGUUCCCACAAGAAGAGCCACCACCACAGAGCGGUGCAGGCAGCCCCCUCCACCACCUGCUAGGUCUGAGUCCUACCCCGCCACGCACUCCGCACCAACCUCCCCUCCACAGCCUGAGGACAUCUGCUCCCCGCCCGCUAAGGAAAUAAGCUACAGCAGUCUCUCUGCACCUAAAGUCAGUGCUGGCUCAAAGAUGGCUGCUUCCUCCUCCACAUCCUCUUCCUCGCCCAAAGUAUCCCAGAGGGUUCCUCAUUAUGAAAAUGUCUGUGAAAUGUCUACUAACUCUAGACAAGAGGAACCCACCCAGGGCCUGGAGAAAAGAACUACUCUUCCAUCUCAAACAAAAGCGAGCAGUGGUGAGCGGAAGCUUGUUAAGUCACUUCCAGAAAGUGCCCUGAAUCCUCCUCCUCAACGAAAGCAGUCGUCCUCCUCUACAUCAGAGUCCACAUCAGAUGAUGAAGAAGAUUCAGACAGUCCAGUGUGGGUUAACCAUCACAGCCUGCCCAACUCAUCCGCUUUCAGUAAAGCUCAGGGCAGAAACACAGAGAAACAGGAGACUGACGUAGGGCAGGGCACCGUGCAGAGCUCUGGGGUCGCUCAGCCUCCACCGCCGCCUCCUGCCAGAAGGAGCGACUCCUCUUCUAUCCCCAAGAGACCUGUGAGUAGUGCAGCGAGAUCCCAGACUGACUCCAGUCACCACGCUUUCAAAGACAGACUGGCUGCAUUGGGUAAGCUGAGGAGCUCUGAGGAUUUACAGGUCGGUCUCAGGCCGGUCGACUCUGCAAAUGAUGGCACUUUUGUGGAAGAAAGGAGUAAGACAGUGGAGAGGCCCAUGGAGCUCCCGAAAGAGGAGCAGAGACACUCAAAAUACACAGACUCUCUAGACGGUAAACCUAAAAUUGUCAGUGGUGGUUUGAAAUAUCCUGGGUCAACUCAGCUGUAUGAACAGGUGAUAAAAUCUCAGCCUCCUGCAGUAGUGGUUAAACAAGAACUGUGUGUGAUGAAGCCUGAAGGCUCCAAGAGUAAAAUAGGUCUGCCGUCCCCCAACACGGAUGCUCCACAGGUGCUACGCAACAACAUCAAGUGUCCUGGCUCCUUGAAUCUGGCCUAUAAUGUUAAACCGGGUAUUCACAGUCACAGCAGCCCUAACAAAAUCCCUCCAAAGUCUCCGUCUAAACCUUGCCAAGGCCCGUCUGUCCACAGAGGGGGGAAGCCCACAGAGGCCCCGCGUUACUCAUCAAAAUCAGAAGAGAGAACCAAGAUCAGUGGGAAAGGGAAAAAGAAUCCCAUGUAUGGAGACAGCCUUCCGCCUCCUCCUCCGAGACCUCCAACAUCGGAGGGGGAGAAGCCCCUGCAGCCAGUGCCCAGCCCACAAUCUGCCAUCGAGCAGAAGGUGAUGAAAGGAAUUGAGGAGAACAUGCUGAAGCUCCAGGAGCAGGACAGAGGAGGGCAGGCCAGCGAGGUCAAGCAGAAAUCCUCCAAUGGCAUCGCGAGCUGGUUCGGCCUAAAGAAGAGUAAGCUGCCCGCGCUAAGCCGGAAGACGGACGCGACCAAAUCAAAGGACGAGAAGAAGGAGUGGAAGAUAAACAUCCCCUCGGUGGGGAGGGACUCUGUGAAAAUGGCCACGAGGUGUAAAGAAGGCGUGGAGGGUCUGAACAUCUCAACCCUGAUGGAGAAGGCAGAGGGUCUGAGGAGGGCUCUGGAGGAGGAGAGGGCCUAUGUGGAGCGGUCAGGCCGCGGUCACUCCUGUGAGGUGGUGAUGGAUCAAGCUCAGGGACAGCUGGCUGUCAUGUACAGGGGAGCACGCUCCGACAACUUCAUGCAACAGCUGCUAAACAGAGUGGACGGUAAGGAGAUGAUCAGCGUUCCCCAGCGCCGGCUUUCAUUUGACUGUAAGACCUCGAAACCAGUGUUUACUCAGCAGAGCGACGUCAUCAGUCACACCACCAGUCGUGACGACAUGGAGAAGGGAUCAGACAGAAUUGGAAAAAUCACAUCAGAUGAAAACCUUGCAGAUCCAGUUCACGCUCAACACUUUGCAGGUUCUGGUGCUUCCACAUACACACUGGACAGUGGUAUCGGCACGUUCCCUCUGCCCGACUGCAGCGGCAGCGCAACAGGACGGGGCCUAUCAAAGAUGAGAGCCGGCUCUGAGCACCACUCCUCAGGCUCGCCGGGGAGAGCAGGGAGACGGGCACGCACCCUGGACAGAGAGCUGACGACGCAGGAAGAGUGUUACGCUCAGCACAAACAACUGAUUCCCACUAUACAGUACGGCGGCUCCAUACUGGAGGGAAGGAACUCAGCCAGCGUCAUCCGUGAAGACAAAGAAGCUCAUGGAGCAAACAUGUUCUCUCCUCGCACAAAGACUUGGACCUUCCCCAACCUCAAGACUCCAGCAGGACCUGCAGAGGUUUACCUGGCAGUGGAGGAGGAAGAAGAGGAGACGGUGUCCUUUGGAUCACCGUUCAGAGGGGUAGGGAUGGUUGUUUGGUCUUCUUUCAGUGAUUAAAGACGUGUGUUGUGUUCCUUAGAUGCUCAAGAUAAACCUAAAGGGAUAGUUUGGGUUUUGUGCAGUGUAUGACGAGUUAUCACCAGCACUUAAAAUUUCAGUCUCAGCAUUAAUGACCAUCAGUUCUGCUUAAUUACCUCUUUGCUGAACUGUGACUGCUCAUCACUAUUUACAUAAUCCAUCCGUUGUGGUUUAUUUUGAGUUGUGGAGGAAAAAGAUAACAUCCACCUUCUAUGGCUUCAAAAUCUCCUGUGUGAUGCGUUUGCUGUCCUGUCGUAAAUAGCAAACCCUGGAUGUAGACAGAAACAGUAGUUCAAUCACUCGUUAGUUUGUACUCAUUAGCAGCUAUUAUUACACAUGUACAUCUGUUUAGUAAAGUUUUAAAUAUAAAAAUAUUUUCAAUCAAUUCAUUUUACCCUAUUUUACUUUAUGCUUCACUAUAAGAACUUGAAAUGAACAUGUCAGUUGACCUGAGCCCAAUAAUCAUCUCUGGAUUGUUGUCUUGUUGUGUACUGAAGGACUUGCCUCAGGUAUCCAUG